AUGCUGAUGGACACCAAGUUCGAUUUCACUAAACCAACAGCGUACGUUUCCGGAUGUGAUCCACGAAAGCAACGAAUUAUUAUUCGUCAAAGCCCUUAUGUGGAUCCUUUUAACUGGGGAAGCUAUCUAUGGAUGUCAAAUAUGCGAGCAUUAGGAUCAGUCGAACAAGAUGAUACUAUAAUUUGUUCCUUACGAUAUUUUCCGGCUGGUCAAGGAUCAUUCAUGCUUGGAACAUACGGACAACGAAACCGAAGUUAUCUUCACUCUCCUCGCUCCUUCAUGGGAUUAACGUUGAAUCACGACAGAACUCGUUUCUUUGACAUAUUAUCCGAGAAGAAGAAGCUCUUUCUUACGUUAUUUGGAGCAUAUGAUGAAAAUAAUCAUGUUCUAUUGGAGAAAACACAUGAAGAAUUCGAUUUGAGUAUUGCUAUGACACUUUAUGAUUCGACAAUCAAAUAUCGAGUGACCGGAAGCAUUGCCACAGUCUAUCAGAGCGAAUGUGGUAACACGCCUGACGGUCUUCCGGAUCCUUGCAAAUCUGACCCUCGUGAUUUUUAUUUCAGUUGCUUGCAUGUCGGAUAUUACUUGACUGAAGAACGAGAAACAAUCCCGAAUCGAACUGCCAGUAGUUGUACUUUAGUUGGUCCAAGUCCUUAUAGAGACAUACUUGAUCGAAGCCAGAAGUUGAGAUACACAUACGGAUACUGGGAAGAUUUAACACUUAUGCAUCAGCAAGAUGAAGGAAAUAGCAUUUUGGUCAUCGAUGGAAUACAAAUGAUGCCGCCAUCAGAACUCGAAAAUUUCGACAAAACCGCUGCUGAUUUCGAUUGGUUCUGA